UAUGUAGCCGGGUGGCCAGAGCGCAGUCCGGUGGCCCGAGCGUGAGAAGCAAUCGCUGGGUCCCCCUCCUUCUCCCCGCGCCGCCUCUGCCGAGAGUGACAAAUCGCCCUCUGGGCUCAGACGCUGCGGCAGCGAUGAACAAUCCGGACUGGGCCCUCCUAGGCCGCCGGUGACAUCACUCAGCUGAUUCCCUGCUCCCGGCUCUCAGCUCCUGUCUCGGCGAGGCGUCGAUCCCUUCGUCUGCCUCCGUCUCUUCGCCGCUGGCCAGGGACAAAGCCCGACACGAAGAAACGAUAGGACCGGGGGGAGGCUGCACAGCAAGGCAGCCAGGGAGGGAGGACCCCGGCCCGCGACAGGAUGCAAGUCAGCCCAGCACACUGCCUGCUGACUCUCUUGCCUGCGCUGGUCGCCAGCACCAGGAAUUCUUUGGCUGCCAGUUAGAAUAUAAAAGAAUAGAAAAGACCUUUGUUCCAGUGGUAACCACAAGAACAGACAAAAUAAAAUAAAAAUCAUACCCUUCUAUGAAGGUAGAGAAGAGUUGUGGAUUCAAGGAAGUGAAAUGAAAUGACUCCCAGAGAGAAACAAGCCCAGCAGAGAGAAGAGGACGGACAGCAAGAGACACUGCUACCUGGGGCCAUUGCCAGGUUGGGAUUCAGACUGUCAUGCCAGGACUAGGGGCAGUGAGGGCUCAACCCCAGGAGUUACUCCUGUGCUACUGAACAGAAGCCAAGGCUGGGUGAGGAUAAGACCUCACUUUUCUUCAAGAAUACCACUGGGGGUUGGGGGGCAAGCAGAAAAAUGGCCUUAAGGCUCCUGAGAGGCAGGAGAGAGGAGGCAUCCUUAUUAUUUCAUGAUGUGGCAGUGGAUUUCACCCAGGAAGAGUGGAAGCUAUUGAACCCUGCUCAGAGGACCCUGUAUAGGGAUGUGAUGCUGGAAAACUACAGCAACCUGGUCUCCUUGGGCAUUCCAUUUUCCAAACCAACACUGGUCAUUCUGCUGGAGCAGGGGGAGGAGCCCUGGACCGAGGAAAGAAAACGUCUGCCCAGCUCCUGUUCAAUAGAUCCAAAACCUGAAAUUCAACCCUACUUCUCCUCCCCUCUGGUCUGCUGCCGUCAGCAAUUAUGCCAACAUGUGCUACAUGCUCAUCACCUUCAGAUCUUCCAAGGCUUGUCUGCAGAAACUCUCCAAAUGGCAGAUCUCUGCCCAGUAGAUCAGAAACAGCAGCAGCCACCACUCUCUUAUCAAAGCUUCUGGAGGGACAGAGUGGAAGGUCAAGAUAGAGGAGAGGGCUCCAAAUCCUUUUUUGGGAGAGGAAGAGAAAGAGUUACUUUAAUGAGCUUUUCCAUCCCACCUGCAGGACAGCUAAGAAGCUCUGUGGAAGGCAAUACAGGGGUAGAAAUAAAACUGAGCUCAGCUGAGAAGGAAAACCCUGUAGAAACAAAGAAAGUAUUAAAGUGGGUAGAAAUGCAAGGAUUUGAAGUAAUCAACUGUGGAAAUUGUGGGUUAGGCUUUAACCAGAAAUCAGUCUCCUUCACUCAUCAGAGGAUUCACUCAGGAGGAAAGCCUCAUAUUUGCAGUGAGUGUGGCCGAAGCUUUAGCUACAAAUCAGCUCUCGUCACACACAAGAGAUCACAUACAGGGGAAAAGCCUUAUCUCUGCCCAGAGUGUGGGCAGGCUUUCAGCCAGAAGUCAAACCUAGUCACACACAAGAAGGCCCACUCUGGGGAGAAGCCCUUUGUCUGUGAGCAGUGUGGGCGAAGGUUUCGCCAGAAGUCAACCCUCAUCAGACACCUCAGGACUCACUCAGGGGAGAAGCCCUUUGUGUGCAGGGAGUGUGGGCGAGGCUUCAAGGAUAAGUCAAACCUUUUCACACACCAGAGGACUCACACAUGGGAGAAGCCUUAUGUGUGUGGGGACUGUGGGAAGCUCUUUAGAGAUAAAUCAAUUCUCAGCAAACACCAGAGACUUCAUUCAGGGGAGAAUCCUCAUUUGUGCGGUGAGUGUGGCCGGAGCUUUAAUCAGAAAUCAUACCUCGUUAAACACAAACGGACACACUCGGGAGAGAAGCCUUUUGUGUGCCAGGAGUGUGGGCGAGGUUUCCGUGAUAAAUCAAACCUUACCACACACCAGAGGACCCACUCAGGAGAGAACCCAUAUAUGUGUGCUGAGUGUGGGCGAAGGUUUAGUGUUAAGUCAGCUCUCAUUACACACCAGAGAACACACUCAGGAGAGAAGCCUUACGUGUGCACGGAAUGUGGGCGAAGCUUUAGCCAUAAGUCAACUCUCGUUGCACAUCAGAGGACCCACUCAGGCGAGAAGCCUUUUGUGUGCAAGGAGUGUGGGCGAGGCUUUAGACAGAAGUCACACCUCAUCAGUCAUCAGAGAACACACUCAGGGGAGAAGGCUUAUGUUUGCACAUUGUGUGGGCAAGGCUUUAGCCAGAAAGCAAAUCUAGUCAGGCAUAAGAUGGCUCACUCAAAGGAGAGGCCCUUUGUGUGCAGGGAGUGUGGACGUGGCUUUAUCCAGAAGUCAGCACUCAUAAAACAUCAGGGGAGAAGCCUUAUGUGUGCAGAGAGUGUGAGCGGGGAUUUAGUGAUAAGGUAACCCUCAUCACAUAUCAGAGAGCACACUGAGGGGAGAAGAUUUGUUUGCAGUAAGUAUGGAGAAGGUUUUAUGCUGAAGUCACACUUUAUUAGACGCCAGAGGAAACACUUGUUGUAGAGAAGCUUUGUGUACAGAGAGUAAAGGCAAGGCUUUAGCAAAGUCACACAUCAUCACUCAAGAAAAGACAACUGUAGGAGGAAUCUCAUGUGUGCAGAAUGGACUUCAGAGAUAUGUUAACCCUGGCCAGAGAACAAAAAGAUACCUACACAUAUUGGGCAAUGUUUCUCAAUAAGAAGCAAUUUAUCACCACCACCCCCAUGUGAAAUUUGGUGAUGUCUAGAGACAUUAUUUUGUUGUCACAACCGGGUGACUUUUGCUGGAAUCUAGUGGGUAGAGGCCAACCAUGAUGCUGCAUAUCCUAUGAUGCCCAGAAUAGCUCCCCACAAUGAAGAAUUACCCGACCCUGCAAGAUUUGGACCCUUUAAGGGCAGCUUUGGCUCCAGGACUCCUUUGCUAGUUAAACAUUUCUUAGACUGUGCUGAAGCUGAGAGCUCGCUACCCAACCAUCUUUCCUUUCCCUCCUCCUUCAUGUCUAGGUCUGAUGACCUUUGCUGCCUUCUCUGACUCCCUCUCUACAUUUUUCUCAAAUAUAAUCUCUUUCACAUCUGAUCCUGUUUUCUUUCUCGGAAGACUCAAACUAUUAUACACAAUUACAAAAGGAAAAGAAGAACUUUACAAGGAAGCGCAUGAUGUUAACAAAGUUAACUGUCGAUAUUGGAACAGACCCACACCAUAGGCUUCCUCAUAGGAUUCCUUUAGAAGGACACCAUGAUAUUAAAAAAUAUAUAUAUUCCUGUCAGAAAAUGUGUAACCUAAAUCUUGUCAUGAGAAAUCAUUAGACAAACAUAAAUUAAGAAAUAUUCUACAAAAUAACUGCCCUGUACCCUUAAAAAAUGUAAAGGAUAAGAAAGACAAAGAAAGGCUAAUUAACUGUUUUAUUAAUAGAUUAAAGGAGACUAUGGAAGCAUGACCACCUAAUACAAUGCUUGAUAUAGGAUUGGAUCCUGGACAGAAAAAAUAUAGUUACAAAUGACUACGGA